AUGUCCGAAAGUUCUUCUGAUCAACAUUCAAAGAACGGCUCAUAUUCUUCUUUUUCGCCAUCUUCUUCAUUAGACAAUCAUUCAACAUCAUCUUUGUCGGCUGCAUCUAUUUCAUCCGCAUCUAGUCCGAAUGUAAAUAUGCAGUUUCUACCAUUUACAUCUUUUAAACAGCAGAAUUGUUUCCUGGCAAAUAUAUUUAAUCUUCCUCACGAUUGUAUAGAUGAGCCCGAAACUGUCGCCCAUCUUAUUCAGGAUGUUCUUGUUCCACCAGCCGAUAGUAAGGAUUUGGCAGAUUCUGACCCAGUCUUGCCAUCUCCACCAAACUUCGAAAUGCAGCUUUUCAAUUCGCCUGAUAAAAAAAGCUCAAUUGCGACUGUGGCAAUGUCAUCUCAAGCCACAUUAAUUUCCCUCGUCAAUGGAAUAAAUGGACGAAAAUAUAAGAAUUUCACGCUUGUAUGCUCGAUUGUGCCACCACGAUAUCCAUAUUUGCCACAGAUGUCUGUAUAUGGAUCUGCACAAUCUUUAAAUACACCUUUUACUCCUUACCCCUUCAACAUGUCUCCAGGGUCUCCUAAUAUUCCCAAUCAGUGGCUUUCUUAUUCGCAAGAAGGACUUACAAAUUUUCACCUGUCGGGAUAUUCGCCUUCACAAUUUUUAAUGAUGCCACCAUACAACGCAGGUGUUUACCCCGUCUCAAAUAAUUUUCCGGUUGCAGGAUUCCUUCCGCAUUCUCAAUUUGGAUAUUACAUGGGCAGCAGACGUGGCCAGAGACGUCAUCGAAAUUCCUCUCAAACUUAUAGAUCUCGAAAUGGAAACGGUUACGAUCAAAGGACGAGGUAUUAUAAUAGCAGAAAUGGAGGUAAUGUUAACUAUGCAAGUAAUGAUGGUAAUUCUGUUUCAAGUGAUGGCCGGGAUAACUGGAAGCAAGGAGAGCAAAAUCUUAAGCGACCAGUCGGUGCUCCUAAUUACGAUGUCUCCAGUAGCUAUGUUGCCAGGAAUUUUGAAUAUAGUGUUCCUUCUUAUAGCCGAGCUUCUGGAGUUGUGGAAACAACUAAUUACAAAGAUGACAGCGGCAAGGAUUUUGACAGUUACUACCUGAAUUCAGCACCAAUAAAUGAGCCACAAGAAAGUAACACCUAUGUGAGUGAGGAGAAUCUUGGUACAGAAGAGCUAAUGGUUUUUGACACGUAUAAGCAUGUUGAUCCGACGAGGAUUUUCAUUGGAAAUAUACCUUUCACCUCUACCUUGGAAAGUUUGCAAAAAUUCUUCCGAAGCUCCAAGCAAUGUGGUGAUGGAUUGAAGAAUUUGAUUAUGCAGCAUCAAGUGAAUGGUAAUUUCAGAGGUUUUGCAAUAGGUAUAACCAAAUCGCAGAAUGAUUCAGUUGCCCUUAUAAAAAAGUUCAAUAGGAAGAUGUUUGAAGGAAGGGAACUAACAGUUAGAUUUGAUAAGCUCCCAGACCAGAUUUUGAAAAAUCGUAGUAGGAAAGAUUGUGACCUUUCGAAAGAGGAUGACACUCAAGAGUCAGGUGAAGAGAAAGUUACAGAGACAGUUGAAUUGCCCGCUAAAAGCUUCUAA